GCUAAAAAAAAAACCACGGCCGAAAUCAAAGAGGAAGUACUCUAGGAGGGACAAGCAUGAUGUUGCAUGUUGAGGGGUGAAAAGUUUUGUUGAGGUGUGAAAAGCACCACAGUUUUUAGUUGAGUUUUCUGUCGUCUGUGCUGUCACUGAUAAAUGACAGAGAACAGCGUAUGUCAGCCAUGGGGGCUUCACAACAGGCAAGCCUUCGCUAUUUGGUCAUGGUCUCUUUCCUCUGGACCUCAGCACCACCCACAGUGGGUGUGCAGAUCAGAUUAGUUGGCUCUGGGUCUGCUCGGUGCUCUGGAAGGGUUGAAAUCUAUUACAGCGGUGCCUGGGGAACAGUCUGUGAUGAUAACUGGGACUUAAAUGAUGCUAUGGUGGUGUGCAGACAGUUGAACUGUGGGUCAGCACUGAGAGCCCUUCAGUCUGCCCACUUUGGUGAAGGAAGUGGAGAAAUCUGGCUUGAUGAUGUGGGCUGUUCAGGCAGUGAAACAUCUCUAAGUGCGUGUAACCACAGAGAAUUUGGGAAACACGACUGUGGACACGGUGAGGAUGCUGGUGUGGUCUGUUCAGGUUUGCGGAUCAGAUUAGUUGGCUCUGGGUCUACUCAGUGCUCUGGAAGGGUUGAAAUCUAUCACAAUGGUGCCUGGGGAACAGUCUGUGAUGACAGCUGGGGCUUAAAUGAUGCUAAGGUGGUGUGCAGACAGAUGGGCUGUGGGUCAGCACUGAGUGCCCCUCAGUCUGCCCACUUUGGUCAAGGAAGUGGACAAAUCUGGCUUGAUGAUGUGGGCUGUUCAGGCAAUGAAAAGUCUCUAAGUGUGUGCAGCCACGGAGGAUUUGGGACACACAACUGUGGACACAAUGAGGACGCUGGUGUGAUCUGUUCAGGUGUAAGAUUAGUUGGCUCUGGGUCUGCUCGGUGCUCUGGAAGGGUUGAAAUCUAUCACGACGAUGCCUGGGGAACAGUCUGUGAUGACAGCUGGGACUUAAAUGAUGCUAUGGUGGUGUGCAGAGAGUUGGGCUGUGGGUCAGCACUGAGUGCCCCUCAGUCUGCCCGCUUUGGUGAAGGAAGUGGACAAAUCUGGCUUGAUGAUGUGGCCUGUUCAGGCAGUGAAGAAUCUCUAAGUGCGUGUAGCCACGGAGGAUUUGGGACACAUAACUGUGGACACAGUGAGGACGCUGGUGUGAUCUGUUCAGGUGUCAGAUUAGUUGGCUCUGGGUCUGCUCGGUGCUCUGGAAGGGUUGAAAUCUAUCACAACAAAACCUGGGGAACAGUCUGUGAUGACAGCUGGGACUUAAAUGAUGCUAUGGUGGUGUGCAGAGAGUUGGGCUGUGGGUCAGCACUGAGUGCCCCUCAGUCUGCCCGCUUUGGUCAAGGAAGUGGACAAAUCUGGCUUGAUGAUGUGGGCUGUUCAGGCAGUGAAGAGUCUCUAAGUGCGUGUAGCCACAGAGGAUUUGGGACACAUAACUGUGGACACAGUGAGGAUGCUGGUGUGGUCUGUUCAGUGAGCCUCCCAAAGCCCAGGAUCUCCAUGAAUCCUGUUGGUGAGGUCACUUGGGGUCAGGAUCUCAGCAUCACUUGUUCAAUCUCAACUGAGCUCUUAGGUGGAACUUUCAUUCUGACCUCAGGCUCAUUCAGAAAGACCCAAACAUCAAGUAGCACCUCCGUUACCUUCCGCAUCCUCAAAGUGAACUUUGACAAUGAAGGAUUGUACCAGUGUCAGUAUGAGAAAAGCAUUUCAAGUCAGUCUUUCAGUUCCCCCCAAAGUGACUUCAUCAGACUUUCAGUUACUGUGAGCCUCCCAAAGCCCAGGAUCUCCAUGAAUCCUGUUGGUGCGGUUACUUGGGGUCAGGAUCUCAGCAUCACUUGUUCAAUCUCAACUGAGCUCUUAGGUGGAACUUUCAUUCUGACCUCAGGCUCAUUCAGAAAGACCCAAACAUCAAGUAGCAACUCUGUUAUCUUCCGCAUCCUCAAAGUGAACUUUGACAAUGAAGGAUUGUACCAGUGUCAGUAUGAGAAAAGCAGCUCAAGUCAGUCUUUCAGCUCCCCCCAAAGUGACUCCGUCAGACUUUCAGUUACUGUGAGCCUCCCAAAGCCCAGGAUCUCCAUGAAUCCUGUUGGUGCGGUUACUUGGGGUCAGGAUCUCAGCAUCACUUGUUCAAUCUCAACGGAGCUCUUAGGUGGAACUUUCAUUCUGACCUCAGGCUCAUUCAGAAAGACCCAAACAUCAAGCAGCAACUCUUUCACCUUCCACAUCCUCAAAGUGAACUUUGACAAUGAAGGAUUGUACCAGUGUCAGUAUGAGAAAAGCAGCUCAAGUCAGUCUUUCAGUUCCCCCCAAAGUGACUCCGUCAGACUUUCAGUUACUGUGAGCCUCCCAAAGCCCAGGAUCUCCAUGAAUCCUGUUGGUGCGGUUACUUGGGGUCAGGAUCUCAGCAUCACUUGUUCAAUCUCAACGGAGCUCUUAGGUGGAACUUUCAUUCUGACCUCAGGCUCAUUCAGAAAGACCCAAACAUCAAGCAGCAACUCUUUCACCUUCCACAUCCUCAAAGUGAACUUUGACAAUGAAGGAUUGUACCAGUGUCAGUAUGAGAAAAGCAGCUCAAGUCAGUCAUUCAGCUCCCCCCAAAGUGACUCCGUCAGACUUUCAGUUACUGUGAGCCUCCCAAAGCCCAGGAUCUCCAUGAAUCCUGUUGGUGAGGUUACUUGGGGUCAGGAUCUCAGCAUCACUUGUUCAAUCUCAACUGAGCUCUUAGGUGGAACUUUCAUUCUGACCUCAGGCUCAUUCAGAAAGACCCAAACAUCAAGUAGCAACUCUGUUAUCUUCCGCAUCCUCAAAGUGAACUUUGACAAUGAAGGAUUGUACCAGUGUCAGUAUGAGAAAAGCAUUUCAAGUCAAUCUUUCAGUUCCCCCCAGAGUGACUCCGUCAGACUUUCAGUUACUGUGAGCCUCCCAAAGCCCAGCAUCUCCAUGAAUUCUGGUGGUGAGAUAACCUGGCAUCAGGAUGUCAGCAUCACAUGUUCGAUCUCAACACAGGUUUUAGGUGGAACAUUCAUUCUGACCUCAGGCUCAUUCAGAAAGACCCAAACAUCAAGUACCAACUCUGCUACCUUCCAUAUACCUCAAGUGGACUUUGAUAGUGAGGGACACUACCAGUGUCAGUAUGAGAAAAACAGCUCAAGUCGAUCUUUCAGUUCCCCCAAAAGUGACUCCGUCAGACUCUCUAUCACAGUGACACUGCAGCAGCCCAGCAUCUCCCUGACAUCUCCUAAUGGAGGGUUGGUCUGGGGUCCUGAAGGUGCAGAGGUCACCAGGGGUUACAGCUUCAUCUUCACCUGCUCCAUUUCAUCCCAUUAUCCUGAAGGCCGUUUCUUUCUCAUCUUCUCUGGAUCUGACAUCACCAACACCAAGCCAGCUGUCAACCACUCAGCUUCCUUUAAUUUCCAUGUAGCUGAGUAUGAACAUCAGGGAAACUACAGCUGUGUGUAUGAAGUCACACUCUCUACAAGAAAAUUCAAUUCUACCGAGACAGCACCAAUUACUGUGGUCAUUGAAUUGAGCCUCCCAAAGCCCAGCAUCUCCAUGAAUUCUGGUGGUGAGAUAACCUGGCGUCAGGAUGUCAGCAUCACUUGUUCGAUCUCAACACAGGUUUUAGGUGGAACAUUCAUUCUGACCUCAGGCUCAUUCAGAAAGACCCAAACAUCAAGUACCAACUCUGCUACCUUCCAUAUACCUCAAGUGGACUUUGAUAGUGAGGGACACUACCAGUGUCAGUAUGAGAAAAACAGCUCAAGUCGAUCUUUCAGUUCCCCCAAAAGUGACUCCGUCAGACUCUCUAUCACAGUGACACUGCAGCAGCCCAGCAUCUCCCUGACAUCUCCUAAUGGAGGGUUGGUCUGGGGUCCUGAAGGUGCAGAGGUCACCAGGGGUUACAGCUUCAUCUUCACCUGCUCCAUUUCAUCCCAUUAUCCUGAAGGUCGUUUCUUUCUCAUCUUCUCUGGCUCUGACAUCACCAACACCAAGCCAGCUGUCAACCACUCAGCUUCCUUUAAUUUCCAUGUAGCUGAGUAUGAACAUCAGGGAAACUACAGCUGUGUGUAUGAAGUCACACUCUCUACAAGAAAAUUCAAUUCUACAGAGACAGCACCAAUUACUGUGGUCAUUGAAUUGAGCCUCCCAAAGCCCAACAUCUCCAUGAAUUCUGGUGGUGAGAUAACCUGGCGUCAGGAUGUCAGCAUCACUUGUUCGAUCUCAACACAGGUUUUAGGUGGAACAUUCAUUCUGACCUCAGGCUCAUUCAGAAAGACCCAAACAUCAAGUACCAACUCUGCUACCUUCCAUAUACCUCAAGUGGACUUUGAUAGUGAGGGACACUACCAGUGUCAGUAUGAGAAAAGCAGCUCAAGUCGAUCUUUCAGUUCCCCCAAAAGUGACUUAGUCAGACUCUCUAUCACAGUGACACUGCAGCAGCCCAGCAUCUCCCUGACAUCUCCUAAUGGAGGGUUGGUCUGGGGUCCUGAAGGUGCAGAGGUCACCAGGGGUUACAGCUUCAUCUUCACCUGCUCCAUUUCAUCCCAUUAUCCUGAAGGUCGUUUCUUUCUCAUCUUCUCUGGCUCUGACAUCACCAACACCAAGCCAGCUGUCAACCACUCAGCUUCCUUUAAUUUCCAUGUAGCUGAGUAUGAACAUCAGGGAAACUACAGCUGUGUGUAUGAAGUCACACUCUCUACAAGAAAAUUCAAUUCUACCGAGACAGCACCAAUUACUGUGGUCAUUGAAUUGAGCCUCCCAAAGCCCAGGAUCUCCAUGAAUCCUGUUGGUGAGGUCACUUGGGGUCAGGAUCUCAGCAUCACUUGUUCAAUCUCAACUGAGCUCUUAGGUGGAACUUUCAUUCUGACCUCAGGCUCAUUCAGAAAGACCCAAACAUCAAGUAGCAACUCUGUUACCUUCAGCAUCCUCAAAGUGAACUUUGACAAUGAAGGAUUGUACCAGUGUCAGUAUGAGAAAAGCAUUUCAAGUCAAUCUUUCAGUUCCCCCCAAAGUGACUCCGUCAGACUUUCAGUUACCGCGAGCUUCCCAAAGCCCAGCAUCUCCAUGAAUUCUGGUGGUGAGAUAACCUGGCAUCAGGAUGUCAACAUCACUUGUUUGAUCUCAACACAGGUUUUAGGUGGAACAUUCAUUCUGACCUCAGGCUCAUUCAGAAAGACCCAAACAUCAAGUACCAACUCUGCUACCUUCCAUAUACCUCAAGUGGACUUUGAUAGUGAGGGACACUACCAGUGUCAGUAUGAGAAAAACAGCUCAAGUCGAUCUUUCAGUUCCCCCAAAAGUGACUUAGUCAGACUCUCUAUCACAGUGACACUGCAGCAGCCCAGCAUCUCCCUGACAUCUCCUAAUGGAGGGUUGGUCUGGGGUCCUGAAGGUGCAGAGGUCACCAGGGGUUACGGCUUCAUCUUCACCUGCUCCAUUUCAUCCCAUUAUCCUGAAGGUCGUUUCUUUCUCAUCUUCUCUGGCUCUGACAUCAUCAACACCAAGCCAGCUGUCAACCACUCGGCUUCCUUUAAUUUCCAUGUAGCUGAGUAUGAACAUCAGGGAAACUACAGCUGUGUGUAUGAAGUCACACUCUCUACAAGAAAAUUCAAUUCUACCGAGACAGCACCAAUUACUGUGGUCAUUGAAUUGAGCCUCCCAAAGCCCAGGAUCUCCAUGAAUCCUAUUGGUGAGGUCACUUGGGGUCAGGAUCUCAGCAUCACUUGUUCAAUCUCAACUGAGCUCUUAGGUGGAACUUUCAUUCUGACCUCAGGCUCAUUCAGAAAGACCCAAACAUCAAGUAGCAACUCUUUCACCUUCCACAUCUUCAAAGUGAACUUUGACAAUGAAGGAUUGUACCAGUGUCAGUAUGAGAAAAGCAUUUCAAGUCAUUCUUUCAGUUCCCCCCAAAGUGACUCCGUCAGACUUUCAGUUACUGUGAGCCUCCCAAAGCCCAGCAUCUCCAUGAAUUCUGGUGGUGAGAUAACCUGGCGUCAGGAUAUCAACAUCACUUGUUCGAUCUCAACACAGGUUUUAGGUGGAACAUUCAUUCUGACCUCAGGCUCAUUCAGAAAGACCCAAACAUCAAGUACCAACUCUGCCACCUUCCAUAUACCUCAAGUGGACUUUGAUAGUGAGGGACACUACCAGUGUCAGUAUGAGAAAAACAGCUCAAGUCGAUCUUUCAGUUCCCCCAAAAGUGACUUAGUCAGACUCUCUAUCACAGUGACACUGCAGCAGCCCAGCAUCUCCCUGACAUCUCCUAAUGGAGGGUUGGUCUGGGGUCCUGAAGGUGCAGAGGUCACCAGGGGUUACAGCUUCAUCUUCACCUGCUCCAUUUCAUCCCAUUAUCCUGAAGGUCGUUUCUUUCUCAUCUUCUAUGGCUCUGACAUCACCAACACCAAGCCAGCUGUCAACCACUCAGCUUCCUUUAAUUUCCAUGUAGCUGAGUAUGAACAUCAGGGAAACUACAGCUGUGUGUAUGAAGUCACACUCUCUACAAGAAAAUUCAAUUCUACUGAGACAGCACCAAUUACUGUGGUCAUGGAAUCGCCUCUGUUGCUGCUGGUCUCCUCAGUAGCUUCUGGGAUCCUGUUGCUGGUCCUCCUGGUAUUGAUGGCUUUCUGUCUGGUCCUCAGGAGAAGACAACGAGCUAAGCAGCCUGGAGCCUUCGUCCAAACACAAUCCGUCAAAGUCAGGAACAAGUAUGAAGAAGAAGAGGAUGAGAAUGAGGACGAGGAGGGGGACUAUGUGAAUGUUGAUCUAGUAGACACCAAGAGGAGGUUCAAAGAGGAAGCAGGACCAGUGGAACAAGAGGAAUAUGAUGAUUAUGAGGACCCAGACAGUGAUGGAGAGCAUGAUUAUGAGGAGGGCACCCCUGAUACAAAUAUCAUGAAAGCUAAUCAGAUCUAUGUAGCGUCAAACAAUGAAGACAAAGAAGAAGAAGGAACCAGUGAGGAUGAAGACUAUGAAAAUGUAACCCAGCCAACUGAUGAAUAUGAGGAUAUCUAUCAAAACUUUUGAGAUGUCCGCUGGUCAGUAGUUCCACAUUGUUGCCAUAGACACAGAAUGUGUGAAUAUGGAUAUCUAUAUCUAACAUAUAUAUACGAAUAUGAUGCAUUAACUCCUUGAAUAUUCACUGUAUGCAUGAUAUUCAUGGAAAAGUAAUACUACUGUCCUGCAUGGCUGUGGUUGUCAGUGUAUUUCAAUAAAGACCUUGUCACUGUGGUUGAUCACAACAUUCUUUUUCAGUAAAAUAUUAAAUAACUCUCCCUACCCCUGUGUAGGGAGAGUUUUUCUAUUUUCUGUUGCUAUUGUUUGUAAAUAUAUUAACGUACAGGAAUAUCUUUGUUGUUUUUCUUAACCCAUUUUGUAAUGUGAAUUUGUAUGAAUGAAUUGUACAUUCAUUCUGAGAUGUUGUUUCAAAGGCAAAAUGUUUUAGUGUUUUUAUGGUGAAAAUAAACCUUACAUUUACAGAAU